UUUCAGUUCGUGUGAAAGAGGAAACAUUGGCAACAUCGCUUCAGUUGCCAAGUAAGUAGUUGUAGUUUCUCCUAUCUUCGUAGAAGAUGUCAGGUGCGAUUUUGUUAUGAUUUUAUUUAUUUGAAAUGGUCUUUUAAUAAAUAGUGUUAACAUUUGAUGAAAUAUGUGACUGUGAUUGUCGUGAAUAAUCUUUUGAUAUUAAAUUUAUGUGUAUAGGUAUCGUUCAGAAACCUAUAUCCUUGAAAUAAAAAAAUUCAACACAUUGCUACCUGUUUAUUUUAAAAGAGAGUAUGAUGUCACCCACGACAAAAGAUUCGACAGUAUUGGUGAACGGUACUUCCACUCGGACGCCUAGUUUCGUUUUAACGCCGGAGCACGCUUCACAAAAUUCCGAACAAAACAAAAGUCAGUGUUCGUCGUUAUCCGAUGUGGAAAAUUUGGAAUGGUCAACUGAUAUUUUAGAAGUUGAUCCCGAAAGCAGUACCAACGGAAAUAAUGUAGGAAAUGAAACAAGAAGUAUAAAUGGAAUAAAUAGAAACACAUGGUUGCGUACAAGUUUAAGGAGAUCUUCUCCAAGCCACCAGGAAAAUCUUGCCAAUAGGAGAUGUGGUUCGUUUCGACAUAAUGGGCGACGUCAACAAUUGAGCUCAAAUGCAUUAGCCAGUCAAUUGUAUCGUAGUUCCAGUUUCAAUUCGUCUGGACGAAAUAGUAAUUGUGACACCACAGAUGAUAUGUACUCAGAUGCUUCAUUAGAGGAAGAUGUGUUGGAUCUUCAUCAAAAAUUUGAGGUGCUACAGCAACAGGUAGGAUUUUUACAAGAUACGGCAAAUCAAAAUGAUGAAAGGUAUACCAGAGCUAAAGCUGAUAAUGCCGCUCUACAAGCUAGAGUUAUUAUGUUGGAAGAGCAACUUAGAGAGACUGAGCUAAGAAGUGAAGAAAAACUUCAGGAUGAAAGGAAAGGAUUUAAGGAACAGAAGGCUAGGUUAGAAAGGGAAAAACAAUUACUACUAGAUAACAUAAAUUUAAGACUGCAAGCUUCUGAAACGGAAUGUUCGAAUUUAAAAAAAGAGAUUAAUCGGCUGAAAGAAGAAUUGGAUAAAUACAAAAGUGAACAACAAAAUACAGUUGAUCAAACUACAGAUUUAACAAUCGAAAUUUCUGCUCUUAAAGAAGAAAUGAAAAUGAUGAAAAGUCAAGAAGUGCGGUUGAAACGUGAAUAUGAAGCACAAAUUCAAUUAUCCGAAGAUUUAUCUAAAGAAAUAGAAAGGUUAAGAUUAGAAGCUCGAACUCCAGCUCUACCAACUACUUCUCCAGAAACAUUGAGGUUAGAAGAAUUACACGAAGAAAUGUCCAAUUUGCGAUCAGAAAAUUCAGAACUGAGAGAAGUAAACGAAGAAUUACAGGCGAGUUUGUUGCAUGCUGGACUCGAAACUGGGAGAAUUCUUUCGAUUGGUGAAAAUAGUUUAGCUGCUGAAUUAGAUGUUAUGUCACAAGAUGAGGUACAGCAAGCUUUAAAGGAACAACAAGAAGUUAAUAGGCAACUCAGAACUUACAUUGAAGGAAUACUACUUAACAUUGUAGAGAACCAUCCUCAAUUAUUAGAAGUCAAGCAAAGACCUAUAUAGAUGUAUGAAAUUAUCUCAAUAAUGGAAGAUAAUAUCGUGAUAUUAGCUUUAUUUGUGGAUAAAUCACAAACCAAUCAACACCGUGAUAUUCAGCCAAUUUAGUUUCUUGGUCAAUUUGCAAACCAGGCACAUGAUUAAAAUUAUUAAUUCAUACUGUUGACUAGUUUGUUGUAUUCUCAUCCGGAUGAAGCUAUUGAUGUUGGAUAAUCUCAUAAACCUUCAUCUCAUCAAUUUCUAGUACCUACAUAAAUUUUAAAAUCCCAAGAUAUGAUUAAAAAUUAGAAAAACAAAAAAUUAAACUGCUGAAUUUUCUUCAAAUAAGAAUCAAUUAGUUCUUGAGUUAUUAUGUCUUCCUUUACAGUAGCAGACAGGUGUAUCAAAAUUAGAAUAAGAUAAAAUGUUGAGACUGCCAUCUUUUUAGAUCCAAGAUACAAAGGAAAAAUGUAGAAAAUGCUAUGAAUGAAAAAGAUACAUCAAAGAUAUAUGCAUGAGAAAAUUGUCGAGAAAGAAGUUAAAGUAGACUUGAACUACAGUAAAAGUAGAAGAAGAAAUAAUAAAUGAAGAUUAAUCGAAUGGUAAUGUUUUUAGUUUGGAAUUAAUGUGGAUGUAAUACUGGAAAUCUAGUGAUUGAGUAAUGGCAAUGUUAUCUAUUUAAUAUGUAGGGGAAUUGUAUACAAAAUGCGAUACUUAACGUUUUUGACUCAAGAACUUUCUUCAUUGAUGAUUGCGAUCUGCCAUUCGGUUUUUCUUACAUAACAUCGCGGCAUCUUAGAAUAAAGUUCAAAGUUAAUGAAAUGAGGGUAAAGCGGGAUAUCUCAUUUGAUCUCAAAUUAAAUUUUCCGAUUAACCCCAAUUGUACAUAUAUAAAAAUAAAAUUCAUAUAAUAUCUACAAUAGUCUUAAUGUAUUGCUAAAUAAAUACAUUUUACAGAAAAUUAUUUAAAUGUUAUCAAACUUACCCUCGUUACUACAGUUGUACCGCCAAUUUACAAGAGAAACAUCUAAAAAUACAGCGGAUUUACGACUAGCCAGCUAUUUAUUUAAAUUUGAAAUAUGCACCGCACCUCCUUUCACUUCACUAAGGCGGUGUGGUUGCUAUCCCGUUUUGUACAUAUUUCCCCUAUGCUAAAAUACAAGUUUUAAUAAAGAUGAAGAAUAAAGACUUGUGUGUACAAUCAAUAGUUUACUGUUUGUACCAACGAGAGUUAUUGAAAGUGUCAUAAUUUGAAUGUUGUCUGAACAUUUUUACUUUGUGAUACUAUUCGUAUUUAAGUUUAAUAUACCCAAUCAUGUGCAUCUCAAUUAUAAUCAAGAAAGUAGUGCAAUAAAAAUUAAAAAAAGGAAUGAAGUUAUAAAUAUUUUUGUAACUUGUAACAGUGCAAUAAAUUUAUUUACUUUAUAUAAUUAGAUAUUUUAAACAUUGAAUCUUGAUUUCAAAAUAUUAAAACUCUAAUUUAACUAUAUAAUAAUAAAAUGAAUUAUGGGGUGUUCUAUUUAGAAAAUAUUAGUACCCAGUACUUUUAAAAUAUUUGAUUAUCUUUUUAAUAAUUGGAAUAUAAGUACAAUACUAUAAAUAUUAUAUAUAAAAUGAGUUCGUUAUAGUGUAGGAUAGUAGGCGUCCAAGCACUGUUAAAAACCCUCGUGUCCCACUUGAAGUUACGGCAAAGACCUUUGUAAAGCCGUACAGGCACUUUGGCUUGAACCUUUUGCCAUCACUAGACAAACUGUGAGGUUUACCCAAGUGUUCAAAUCGCGUCCGUUUGAGUUUUGGGUACAAAGAUGACGUGGUCUGCAGUUUUUUACUCCUCGCACCAACGGUAUUUCCAGUCGUCCUUGAUGUCUACAAUGUGAAGAUUAAAAGUCCUACUACGAAUCGAAUUUCGCGCUUUUUUAAGUGGGCAAGUCAUUUGGUGAAAGAACGUAGAGAUUUGAAAAAUAUUUGUGCACAAUACUUUCCUUAAUAAGGAGAGUCUCAGAUGACCGUGUUCAGUUUAAAAGUCACCAAUCGAAUUUCACGCCUAUUUAAGUAAAGCAGUUGUUUGGUAAGAGAGACAGAAGGUCCAUCUAUGUGUGUCAAACAUGAGUUGCAGACUAUUCCACUUAGAAAAAUUUUUGGGCCCAAUACUUUCAAACUAUUUGAAGUAUCCUUAUAAUUGGCGGAUAAAUUCUAACGGCAAUCACUAGAUGACCAUUAUCACAUUUCAUUUCUCUGGAUCUAUUAGUUAUUUGAUGUGGUGUGCAACUUCUUUCCAAGAAUGACCAAAGAUAUAUUAAAUAGUUUUAACAAACUAAGUACAAUUAGUUCAUCAUUAUUAAAUAAAACGCUCUAUAACUCAGAAAUAAGUAAUUUAAUGAUUUUGCUUAGGUUAUAAUAUUUUGAGAUAAAGAUUUUAUCAGUUGAAAUAUCACAAAACAAUUUUGUAAUAUUACAGCAUGUGAUUUUAAGUAAUCAACUGUAUAUGCCAAUUUUUAGACUUUAUGGUAUUCACUAAACUUUGUAUACAACAAUAUGUUAACUAAUAAUUAGUUUAUUCCUAUUGUAUUGCCAAGAAUAGAUGUUUGAGAACUUUGUCAUUAACUAUUCUAUAUCUAUCCAAUUAUGUAAUUACACUCAUUAUAACAGAAUCAGGAUAGGUAUUCUUAUUAAACGUUGGUCUUAUAUUAGAAAAAUUGUUGUUGUUCUCUCCCAUUGAAUCUAUUACGCAAUAUCUCGAAUUAUUUUGACUUAAUAACUCGAAUUUAAAAAAAAAGGUGAAAAAUAAUAACAUUGUGCCUUUCUAAAUAGAAAUCUCAGAUACAUAUUCUGAUUUCACAGUAAAUAUUUAUUGUUUCUUUGAUAUUAUACGAAAUAUCUUGAAUUUUUGGUAUAUACAAUAAUUGGGGUGCGCGAGGCCCGGUAGGAAGACGCGACGCGAGCGCCAUCUAUUGCGCCAACAUUGUUAGUAAUUAUUGUUUGAUGAAGUAUGGCUUUUUUGAGGAGAUAUAGUGGAAAAUUGACUCAACAUGAACGUGAGAGCUAUUAGAAGAAAGUUCAGGAGUGUGGUUGUGAACUGCUUUUGAGUAACGGUACGAAGAUAAGGAACAGAGGCCACGCGUCACCGAAUUAGACAUACUGCAGAACCUAGUUUUCCGUAUGAAGAAUUCAGAGUUGACAAUAUCCUCAACUUUGUAUUUCCUCCUCGUGUCACGCGUAACUGAGGGCAAAAAAUGCAACCCACAUUACUUGUGAACCCCAAAAAUAAACCGAGUCGAAUUGUCAGCUUUAGAAAACAAGAAAUAAAAUCGAAUUUUUUAAUGUAUCUGCAUGCAGAUUACAGAAAAAUUUGUUAUAAAUAUUGUAUUUGUUGAUAGUGUAAAAAUGUUCAUGUUGUUUUAUUGUAUAUUAACAUGUUUCUAUAGAUAGUUUUAAGCAAUUUCCCUGCACCUUACGGUAUUCAUUUGAAUGAAAAUAGUUUUGUGAAAAAUAUUGAUUACUUAUAGGGCAGUAACUUUGCCCUACAACUUGUAAGUACCUCCCUCUUCCAUUCUAGUUCAUUGUAGGAUAGUUGCAUAGUCCUGGAGAUAGACCCAUCCUGCCCCACUUGAAAUUACCAAAGGCCGAUAUCCUUUAAAAAGCUCUGUGGCUUGAACUUUGCUACAUCACCAGAGCUACCUCUGUCGUUGGACUAACUGCAGUUCUAGAGUUCUCAGAAUGCUUCAAAGAGAUCAUGUUUUCUGGGUGUUUGUUCACAUUCCGAUCCGACCUCGGAUGAUAGACAGUUCAAACUACAUUUAUGUUUUCGCAUCAGUAAUAACCAUUUUGCAGCUUAUCCAAGAUUGUCGUGUCUCCCCAAGUAGAAAGAAAACGUAAAGAACACAUUUUUCUUAGAAUUACUUUUUCCAUCGAUUCUUGUAGUCGGAAAUUAAAAAAAACUUUCUACUUCCGAGAAGGGGUGGCAACCAUCCACACGAUUUUACCGUAUGGUGGCAUGAUAUAGAAAAUGAUUCUCUACCUUUUGAGAAAAUUUCAAGUUAAUUCAGGCAGGACGAAAAAAUUGCGAGCCGAAAUGCUUAAUUUCCUGGGCUAUAAUACCUUUAUAUUUUGGAACAAAUGCAAGUAGGAUAAAUUUGUUGGUUUCUAAUAACAUUUUUUGUUCUUAUAUGCAUUUUUUUGUCACAAAAAGGACAAAUUGCUUAAAACUUGGUGUUUGUUUUAAGCGACAUUUUAUAAUAAUAAUGUUGUAUGUUUUAAAUUUAGUAAAAUGUACAUAUUUGAAUGUUUAUGUGUUAUAUAUUGUAAGAUUUUUAUUUUAUAUUAUAGUAUCUUAUUGUUAAUAAUCCCUAUAGUUAGAGAUUGCAAUGAUUAAUUUUAUAAUUAAAUUCUAAUCUGCCAAAAUAAUAAGGCUAUACUAUGCUCUAUUCUCAAAUUAUAUUGAAAUAAUAAAAAUCAUUGUAAACUCAUAAAAGAGAAUUUAUUGAAUGAAUAACGUUCGUAAUUUUUUAUUUAAAGUGUAAUUUAUAAACGCCUUGUAUGCCGUAGUCUGUAUUUAAUAAUAUUCUUCACCAGUUGAAACUAAAACAUAUCUUCCCACAAAAGUGUCCAAUGGGAUGGACUAAGCUAGAAUUUCACAUACUGUAGAUAAUUUUAUUUAGCCACGUAAGGGUGUGCAAUUAAUAUAAAUUCAUAACAAAGAAACACCAGUAAUUAUACACCUAACCAUAUCAGUUCUUCUAUUAUAACUCAUUGUUUCAACAAUGUUUCACUUUUCUUACAGUGGUUUUUAUUGUAAAAAAAAUGUGACUUCCAAAUGAAAUAUUACCAUAUUGUAAUGUUUUCCUUUUUCAUUUAUACUUCUAUUCAUGGGGUGAAUAGAAACUGUCUCUUACGUUCUUAAUUUAUUUAAAUACCUUACACUACACUCAACUAAUUUAUAUAAUUCACUUAUCACUCAAUUAAUUUAUUUAUUUGAAUUCUUUAAUUAUUUUGCUAAUUCGUUUUGUUCACUACUACUAUUAAUCAUAAACUAACUAACUAAACUGCGCUUCAGAAAAGAAUUCUCAAAACUUCUACAAAAUAAAAAAACAAAACAAAUAAAUAAAUAGACCUUUCUAGAAAUUAUUCAAAAGAAACAAUGUAAAUUCGCGCCACGCGAAUUUUAGAAUUCCAAUACAUCAGACAAGACCUGCUAUAGAGCGGAGAAGCGUUCGUUACAAUAUUGACGUUUUCCUCAACUUCUUUUGCAAACAGAAUUGCAUUCGUUGGUUUGGAAUUAAUAGGAACCAAUUAUAUUUCGAUACGAUAUUAAACUUCAUUCGAUUAUUAAUUUUUCUAGUAGUUAACUGGCCAAAAACUAAUUUUUAUUUAAAUUUAAUGUUACUAGUCUUUCACCGACUGUAAUUUGACAAAAAAAUAAAUUCAUCCUUUCCCAUUCUACAUACUACAUUGUCCUUUACUAUUUUUUAUUGCCUUCUUUCUUCAAGAUAACUUCAAUUUUUACCCAAACUAUCACCGCGCAUCCGCCGUGUUUAACAAUCGGGAUCUAAAAUCCGUUUUUCCUUUGACCUGUGCACAAAUACUCUUCUCUUAGAUCCGUGAACCUCAAAUUUUAUUUUAACAUUUUGAAAGAGAUUUUUUUUCUGUCACUCUUCCAAAAAUCUUCUGUAGUAGUAGUAGUACUUGAAGGUAGAUACCUAGAUUCAUUAAGCUACUGUCUGUGUGCCCGGGAGUCUUCGUUCUUGCGUAUCACAGUGCUAUUUGGGACUAAACUACAAUCAUAAACACCGAAGAAAUAAUUCGCAGUUUAAAAAUAAUAAACAAAUCAGCCGGUACCCUCAACUUUUCGCACUAUUAUGUUUGCUUUGUGAGACACCUUUUGGUAGACAACAUGGGAAAUUUGUUAAAGUGCAUUAUUUCAACAAUUUAUGAAUGGAUUGUGGGUAACUUCAUAACAUAAAUAUUAUGCUUCUUAUUUUUAUUAUUAUUAUUUGUUAAUGAAUAGAAUAAUUACCAAUGAAAAAAAAUUACGAACGUUAUUAGAAUUAACAAAAAUAUUUCUUUAUAUUCAAAUAUCUGUUGUAAAUAUUUAUUUAAAAAAAAUGCCAAUUUGCUAGUUAUUACAUACUUGUUUCUUUUAAAAAAUAUAUAUAUUUUCAUAUUAUAUAGCCGUCCUAAUCGUGUGAUUUACACUCUCUGUGAUCAUUUGUGUUGGAAUAUUAUAAAACUUAAUUAUUGUACUUAAAAAUGAUUCAAUUGGAAUCAUUUGAGAAAUAAAUUGAUUUGCCUUUAUUGUUCUUUUCCUCCCAACAAUGCUACAACACAAAAAAUUUCCUUUUAACUAACCUAAUCUACAAAUCUUUAUUAGCAAUAACAAAAAUAUGAAUACUAAAAUCAUUUAAGGACAAUAUUGUUACCACAAGAUAUAAAUAAAUAAUAAAUGUACAUUCGAAGUGAUCGAGAAUAGGUUGCCUGCAUUUUUUAAAAAGUAUUUUUUAUUCCUUGAUAUGAAAUAAUAUCGGAAAGUAAAAUAUUUAAUUAAAAGAGAAAAAAUAAUAUCUGAAUAUUUAAUUGAAAAUCACAAAAAUUUCAAAUUUUUACAUGCAGAAGAAAAUCAUUGGUUUUCAGUUCUGGCGUCAUAGGUUUAAUAGACAUUGUUGCCGGCAACGUAACUUGUGCAAUAUUUAUUUAUUAGUUACCUGUAAACAAAACAUUUUUUCUAAGCCCAUGUCUGUAAACGUCAAAAAUCGGACUGUCUGCAUUCUUUGUAAAUGACAUUUAACAAUAACAUGCACGUACUAAAAUCUCAAAACUUAAGCUUCUUGGUUAAAUUACAUUACAAUAAAAUUUUCAUUUACGUAAGACUUUAUUUGAUCUAUUUACACAAAUUUAGUCAAUUAAAAAACAUAAAAACUUUUAGCAUUCCCGAGAUAUAUUUAGGAUUGAAAGAGUGAUGCCCCUAAAUGUAGGCAGCACAUUAUGCAUUUCUUUAAAAAUACGACAAGUUUUCUUAAGUAGCAUGCUAUGAUUGGGCGUAGAAAAAGUAUAGUACGUUACACGAGUUGUUAGCCCAUUACGCACUCAUGAAAUUUAUGCACUCGCGGCUUCGUGAAAUGAUUUCACUUCGUUCGUAAUGGGUUACUUACAACUCUCGUUACGUAAUAUGCUAUUUCCAUAUAUAAGAAUAAGAACGUUCUGUAAACUGCGUUUCCCUGAUGUCCAUUAUGGAUCACAACUUCGUAUAAUACGUCUAAUAAAAAGCUUACCUCUACAACUACCAAUUGAAUUAGCCUUCGAUAAAAAUUGAUGUAUCGCAUUAAUUUCAAUUGGCUAUUCCACACAAAUACCCCUUUGUAAUGUCGAAAAACUGAUAUAAUAAUUAAUAUUAAUUAGCCGUGAUAAUAAUCAAUAACAAAAGCACCGUUUUGUAAUAUUUUUGUAAAUUUAAUUUUGUAAUAAAUUAGUUGUUCGA